CGCCACUGGCUAAUAGAAAGAACAAUGUAGUACCGAAAUGUAAAUAAAUUGACAUGUAUAAUUUCACUAGUAAAAUGUUGGUGUCGCAACACUGCUGGGCUGUGGUUUUAUUGUUCGUCUUCAGGUCAGAAUGGACAGAAACAUCUGGAAUCGGACCAUGUCCCAAACUGGAUAUUCCCGGUCCACCCGUUAAUUUGACCAGACUGACAGGACACUGGUUCGAAAUAGAAAGAUCGUUCUAUUUGAUGGAACUGAUCAGCAGUUGCGUGACCUUGGAUUUGACUGAAACCUCUAAAGGACGCUUGGAUGUGGUCGUUAGCACCAGAAGUUCUUGGAGUGGUACUUUUUCAAUCAGCGAAGGUACUGCCGUGCCCACCAGAAGAGAUCCCAACUUCUACUUGUACAGAGUCAGCAGUAAACUUCCCAGGGUGCUGAAUAGAUACCUCCCAGGCUCAGGAUUGUAUCAGAUUCUUAAAACUGAUUAUGUUAAUUACGUCAUCCUCUAUUCGUGCUCCAAUUAUCAAGUCAUCCAUUUAGACAUGGUUUGGAUUUGGGGCCGAAAAAAGGAAAUAGAAGCCGAAUUAAGGUCGGACCUGUACGCAAUGCUGACUGCACACAAUAUUGACUCUGAAAGAUUAAUUCUUUCGAAAAAUGAGAAUUGUACUGAUGAUUUUCUCAACGAUUUGGAAUAUUAUUUAUAAUAAAAUAAAUAAAGAUAUGUUCUAUUAAUA